CCCGCCCAACAUCAGAAGCCAACCUUGCUGUUCUGUCAUGGGUUCCCAUCCAUGUCUCGCGACUGGCGCCACAUUGUACCCCAUCUGAAAGAGAAGGGUUACGGCGUGCUCGCCCCCGACAUGCUCGGCUACGGCGAAACCGCUAAGCCUACGGACCCGGCGGCGUACGUCCCAAGCUUGAUAUCCAAAGACCUCGUCGAUAUCCUCGACGCCGAGAAACUUGACAAGGUUGUCGCGGUUGGCCAUGACUGGGGUUCCAAGGCGGUAUCGCGCCUCGCAAGCUAUCAUCCUGAACGGUUCAUCGCCUACGCGUUCUUUGCCGUCGCAUUUAUGGAGGUAACUCCUCCGACUGACUUCCAAAUAUACUUGGACUACCUGAAGCGGGUGUAUGGGUACGAUUUGUUUGGCUACUGGACCUUUUUCAGCGCGCCAGACGCGAACGAAGUCAUCCAGGCGCAUAUGGAGUCAUUCGUCAGUAUCAUGUAUCCAUACGAUCCUACGAUCUGGAAGACGCGCUUCGCUCCGACGGGCGCCAUGAGGGGCAGUCUGCUCGAAGACUAUGUUGCUCCUAAGCCGUCCUACGUGUCCGAGGAGGACAAGAAGCAUUUUAUAGAAACGUUCAAGCGUAACGGGUUUGAGGCGCCGACGUGCUGGUACAAGAUCAUGACGAGCCAGCUAGCCGCUAAGGAUGACCAGCAGAUUCCGUACGAACGCCUUAUUCCGCCGGCGAGUGCGCCCAUCUACUUUGGUGCCGCCAAACACGACUAUAUUGCCCUUCCCAAGCUCGGCUACACUGUAUUCGGAAAGGACGAGUUCAGCAAACAUAAUGUAACUCAGAAAGAGUACGAUGCGGACCACUGGGUCGUCCUCUCGAAAGGAGACGAGAUUGCCCGCGACCUUGACGCAUGGAUUGAGAGCACCGUUGCUGCAAAGGCCAAUAUUUAGACAAUAGCUGCAUUCAGCCUUUUUGUUUGGUAGCACAUUUCUAUGCCGUGUACAGCAGUGUAAUAGAUCCGAACAACG